GAUACGGGGUCUGGUAAUUGAAGAUGAUGUGCUCACCGUUACAGCUCAACGCUUGUCGGCGUCGCUUCUUCUUAGCUGGACCCUGCUGGUCAGCGUCUCCUUCGAGUUCGGACUCGAGUGUUUCAGUGCGACCAUAGACGUUAGAAUGAGACUGGGUAGAGUGCCCGGAAUGUAGGUCCCCGCUGCCGGAAGCUAUUGGAUAUGUUGGAGGAGGAUAGCUGUAGGCAGAGGUAGAUGCAUCAGGGAGUGUCUCUUGUUGUGACAUACCGGAAGGAGGUAGAUAGGGGUGUAGUUGACGUAUUGAGGGAAGUGAUGGCUGCUGGGAAUAAUGUGAUGAAGACUGGACCGAAGAGCGAUUCUGGUCGUCAGAUGUGUAUAGGGUUGCCAGACGACGAGGAGGCACGGGGGAGUUUCGACCAGGCUGGUUGUGUGACUGCCUGGGAGGGUCCAUUAGAAAAAGAAAAAGGUUGUGUCAGUAAGCACGAUACUCUCGAAAUGGAACGGACAAAGAACAUGGAAGAGGAUCGGCAGAGGGUCGACGCGAACCCGAAGGAAGUGAGGCGAGAUAUAAGUAAGACUGACUGAGACGGGGUAAAGAGAGAAAGCCUGUGUGGCUGUUCAGAUCGCCUAAU